AUGGUACAAAUUCGCCAAACUCCGACAGAAAUUCUUCACCUUUAUCGCAGUUUCCUUCGUCUCGGCUCUCGCUGGCCAAAAGAUCAUCUUCGUCCUGAUCGUAACCUGAAAAAAGUUAUUGAAAGCAGUGUUACGGAGAAGUUUCGGAAAAAUUCAAGCGCGCAGGAACCAGAGGUGUUGAAUCUUUUGUUCCAAGAGGCAGAGCGAGAACUAGACGCGCUGAAAAGAUUAUUGGAUAACGAGUUUAGAGCAAAAUAUCCACUCUCGAAAAAAAUCGCUUCGCCUGUCGAUAACCCAACUUAUUAUUCUGGUCUAAUGGUAGCCAUAGAUAAAGCUGUUAAUAAAAAGUUGCAGAAUAGCUCAAACGGGAUCUUUGCUUGGUAUAAGAGAAAAUAA